AUGGCGCAGCGAGUAGCCAAGGAACGACACAGGCCCCACCACCCACGGACCGACGCCUCCCUGCCGUCACCCAACGCCACCACGGCCAAGACUCCGCUGCCUCUUCACGCCCUUCCCCGGGACCUACAAUCACCAUGUCCUUUGUCUGUGGGCGAAGACAGCGAACAACAGCAGGGAGCCAAUGAGUCAUCACACGACCUUGACAGUCCCCGCGGGGCGCAGGCCGGCUUCCCCGUCGGGCCACCGACAUACACCACCCCACAUGGCCUGCCUCAACCCCACCCGCCUCCUCGUGUGCGGGAUGACGAUGUUCUACAACUUAUCAAGUACUUGGAGGAGUCUCGUCUGUCUGCUGACCUGCGUAGAAGCUGCCGUCACAGCGGCCGCUGCAGUCGCAACUCUACCCACUGCCGCAGCUCUGCAGUCACUACACCAGCUGCCGCCACGGUUGCCGCUACUGCCGCUACACCACAUGACAUCAUGACUACGACUCCUACGCCUACCGCCGGGCCCCUCACGACCAAACCUGUGGCUCAGAGUCUGCCCAUCCUGCAAGCCGACGCCUCCUACCAGACGUUCAGGCAAUGGCGUCGCCGGUGGAAAGAUUUUUCAGUCAUGAUCGACCUGCAGCGACUCCCCAGGGAAAAGCAAUUGAUCCAGCUACAGAUGUCCGUUUCCCUGGAGGUCCAAAGGACUCUAGAACACACUCUCGGGAUCGCACCUAACACUCAGUUAGCGGUGGAAAAGGUCCUCGACGUGUUGCAGUCCCACUUCAAGAGUCAACGAAACGAGGCUCUACGCCGCCGUGAACUCCUGUGUUGCAAGCAGGCGGCCGGCGAGUCUUUUUCUGACUUCUAUGUCCGUCUGAAGAAACUAGCUGAAGAUGUCGACCUUUGCUCAGGCGAUCCAGUGACUUGCGCUGAGACCCAACUGAAGAUGGUUUUGCUCAUGGGCAUCAGAGAGAAGGAGCUAGUGCAACGCCUCAUCUCUAUGGACACAGGGGCACCUCUCCGGGACGUGGUUACCUGCUGCCGCUCCUAUGAAGCUGCCCGGAACACAGCAUCCGCCAUCCAGUCGUCGCCAAUGUUGCUCCCGCCGGCACGCGCCUGGUCCGACGGCACUUUCAACAACUGCGGCCGCAAGGGCCAUUGGGCAAAGACUGCUAUGUGCCCUGCCAGGGAAGUCCAGUACCGAGUAUGCAAGAAGACUGGACAUAACGACAAGUGCUGCCGAGCGAAGAAGACGGAUCACGGCCAGGACAGAUCACACCCUCCCGCACAGAAGUCGAGCUCCUGCCGCCGUGUGACUCGCGGUCCAGCGUCUAACGCCAUAACUCCCAAGCCCGUGUGUAUUUACCUGACGCACGGAGGAUCUACCUCACACCUCCAGAUGCUGCCAGACACCGGUGCGGACGUCACCGUUAUCGGCCAGCAACACCUAAGCAUGCUACAGAUCCCCAGGAGCGACCUACAACCUCUCCCUUCCGUGCUCACGUCGAUGGCGGACGGUUCAGAGAUGGCACCUGCCCUGGGAUGCUUCCAAGCUACUUUACGUCUCGGGCAGAGGUCUUGUGUCGCCCAGAUUCAAGUACACGAAAGCGUCCAGACCCCACUCCUCUCUUAUGGCCACCGCAUGGAACUGGCCAUCAUCUCACCGGAGUUCCCGAAGCCAAUUCUCAAGGUCAAGCAUGUUAACCGGUGUAGCGAACUGCCCCUCCCUGCCACCACGUCCCCAUCGGCUGCGAAGGAUUACUUUCAUCGUGAGUUGCAGGACGUGCUGCUCUCCAAGGAGAAUCUGAAGCCCAUGGUCGCCCAGCCCAUGAAGAUCCACCUGAAGGAGGGCGCUGUACCGUUAGCCAUUUACACACAACGACAGAUCCCCUUUGCAUUCCAGCAGCAAGUCAAGGACGAACUGGAAUCCAUGGCGCGUCAGGGGAUAAUUGAGCCUGGCGGCGACGAGCCGUCUGCCUGGUGCCACCCAUUGGUCGUCGUUGCCAAGGACAAGGGAGUUCGCAUCACGGUGGACCUCACGAAGCUUAACAGUCAAGUUUCCCGCUCGGCUCACCCAGCACCUACGCCUUUCGCCGCCGUCCGCAGGGUCAACCCGUCAGCUCGUUACUUCACAACAGCGGACGCCCUGUGCGGAUACUGGCAGAUGGAGCUUGACGAGAAGGAUCGGCACCUCACGACGUUCAUUACCCCGUUUGGCCGAUUUAGGCACUGCAGAGGACCCAUGAGCUUCGCGGCUACCGGCGACGCCUACUGCCUCCGCGGUGACAUGGCACUCCAGGGGAUGGAGAAUUGCGUCAAGGUUGUCAACGACAUCCUUCUCUUCGAUGACGACCUCCCCAAACACGUGCAAAGGAUUCGUCAGAGGCUGAUCAGAUGCCGCGAGCACGGAAUCACCCUCAACAAGGACAAGUUCGCAGUCGCCGAGCCUAGGGUCCGAUUUUGUGGCUACGAUCUCUCCGCUACGGGCAUCUCUGCAGGCGAAGACCGAGUCAGUGACAUCCGGAACUACCCUACACCCGCGAACCUAACUGACUUCCGUUCUUUCAUGGGCCUGGCCAACCUGUUGUCAGAGUUCACCCCGAACAUAGCAACCGCAGCCCAGCCUCUUCGUCCCCUUAUGAGCACGAAACGGACGUUUACUUGGACCGCUGACCAUGAUGAAGCCUUCAACCGCGUCAAGACAGCGGUUCUCCAGCCGCCGGUCCUGGCCCACUUCAACCCGGCGCUACCAGUCAUCCUCCAGACGGAUGCCUCCCGCCUUCACGGGAUCGGGUACGCCCUCCUCCAAGACCACGGCCAGGGACGAACACGUCUAUUCCAGUGUGGCUCACGCUUCCUCGCCGAUGCCGAGACACGCUACGCCACCAUUGAACUAGAGCUACUCACCGUCGUCUGA